AGUACAAGCAGAAUUUUGAAAUUGUUAAUGAAUCUCGUUGUUAAGGUAUGAAUUGCAUACAUUCAUGCAUAGUAUAACAUUUGAAAAAUAUGUCGUCUUUUUAAUAGAAGAGAAACAGUUUAACAGCAAAUGUGCAAUAUAAGGGACUGGAUUGAAAAUAUUGAAGCUUGAGAAUGGGAAGUGGAUCAUCAAAAAAGGCAAAACCAAACAUUUCGCAGAGUUAUCGUCAAGAACAUAUUGCUGUAGAGGCACCAAUUCCAGCUGAACGUAAGGAGCUUCAGGUAGUUGAAGAAUCACCAGCAGAGACAUAUGCACCAGUAAAGGAAGAUGUCGUUGAAAAGAAGGAUAAAGAACCCAGACAAGAGAAAACAGUCGAGGAAGUUGAGAAACCAACUCUUAAUCAAUCAGGGGAAAAUUUCAUUAAGACAGCAGACGGUUUUAACAACUCACCUUGGCCAUACUACAACUAUGUGAAGUUAGGCUACAACAUCAAUGGGGGUCCUGGAGGUAGCACAGGCCUGGCUUUCAUAUCAUGUUCCUAUGGUGGGGAGGGGCAGGAUACAACGGCUGAGUUAAUCCUUGUCAAGGGGGGCGUAGAUUGCAACCACUUCGCCUCAAAGUCCCUUUACAAAGAUCAUGAAGGUCACUUUGGGCCGGAAAAUCACUUAUGCACAACUGAGGAUGGCACGUUUGUGGUUCAGGGCUUGUUUGGAUGUAAUCAUGUGCGCAUGUACACCAACGACAGCACAUUCUGCAACCUGAGGGAUGGGGUUUUCGUUUACGGGGAUGAGGGCCCUACACCAUUACCUUUGAAUGUGAAUGGGGCUAGAGGAGGGCAGAAUGGUGGGGGACUGACAAUGAUCCUCUGCAGCAAUGUCCAGGAUGGCAAUACAAACAAUGCCAUCUACCUGGUAAGGUCAGGAUUCAAAGAUAACAAGUUCACAAGUAAAUUGUUUCAAGGAGACGACAAGUUUAAAUUUAGCGUAAAUGGUGAUGGCACCUUGCUAGUACAAGGAGCACCCAAAUCAAAGUAUGGCAUGUUCCACAACAGGAGUAAUCUUAUACUGCCCACCAAUCAUUGUUAUGUUGCACAGACUCAGUUCAUUGAUGGGAAAGUACCUGAAAUAUUAUAUUCUAAUAUUCAGGAUCAUGCAACAUUUGUGGUUCUCUGUUCAAGUAGUAAUGGAACUGAAGAUGUCUCUGUUUCUGCUGUAUACUGGUUAACAGUGAAAAAUGGAGAGCUUUCCUCUGUCAAAGAAAUUUCUGGACUUUUCCACAAGUCCUUCACAUCUUCAGAUCUAUGGUCAUUCGAGGUAAAUAAUGAGAGGCUUUCUGUCACAGGUCCUCAUGGCCCAAACAGGUAUGGUUUGCUUUCAAACGAGCAAGCUACACCGAUUGACCUAUCAUCAUCAAUCCACCAAUCAUGUUGCCUAGCGACUGGGGAGAGCACCAAGACAAAAGGCAAGGUCAAGGUCACAGAAUAUGGGGUCACAGGAGAGGUCAGCAAAUGCACACCAAUAAAAAUCCUGUUCAACCAUGAGGUGGCAUGUGUUAUUCCUGAUGAGAUGCUGCAGCAAGAAGGAAAGGGAUUUACAUUUUCCUAUGACUGGAAAGACACAGAGAAAGCUGUCGGCCUCCACCUUGUCAGGGUGUUUGCUCUGAGACCACAUUCAAUAAGAGGUAAAGACUGUGAUGUAGAACUGUUUGGUUCCCCAUAUCAUCUACUACACCAGAAGGAGGGCGUGGCCUAUGCCCUGAAUGUAGCAGGGCCCGCAUACCAGGCUGUCAAUGAUGUUGUCUAUUCUAGCGAGUUUGGGCAGUAUGCAAACUUCACCAAUGAAGUAAAAGAAGGAAAGAUGUUUACAUGUGAGGGUGAAGUGAAGUACAACACAACCCGACCACAGUCCAUGCUAAAGUCCCUCGAUGGCUUCCUGUUUGCCUCCAAGAGAAACCCACAAUCUGACGGCCAUGGGAGGCCAGGGUAUCUUACCUAUGAGGUGAAAGACAUUCCCAACGGGGAGUACAUUUUCCGCCUACAUUCUGACAGCCAGUCCAUCAACAUGAAAAGCAACAAGACCGAUGAUAUUAAAGAAUUAAAAGAACAGAAGGAACUAAUGGAUAUCCAGAAUUUCACCUGCUACACAAUGGAAAUGGAUGUCUCUGUAAAGGACAAAGCAUUCUGCUUUAACACCAGGACUGUUGAUAUACCAAUUGAGACCAUCUGUGGGUUUGCACUGCUGGACAAAUCCAAGUACCAGGAAAAAGAGGUGCUAGCCGACAAGAUGACGGCCAGCGAGAAGGACAAGCUUGUUGACACUCUCCAGCCCAUACAGAACAGUGUCACUCGCAAGAAGAUGACAAUCGUCGGCUGGUCACCAAACCUUCUGGUCAACAGCAGUGCUGAGCUUGGUACCAUGGAGAAUUGGAACGUAAGCGGUGACUUCAACAUAGCAGAUGGAGGCUACACAACUGAGAAAUGUUUCCAUACAUCACAUAUGUGGUGUAAAAAGUACCAGGAAGUUCGCCUCACUGACCACUUUGAUACUGCAUACCUGGACACUGCACCCGACAUUCAGGUGCUGGAGAUGUACCGUGAGGGAUGCUGUGGUGGGGGAUUCUAUAAGCUGACAGUGCAGCUCCUUUCUGACAAUGGAAAUGUGAUAAGUGAGUACAGUACAGGUCAGCUGGGUACCAUAUACAAAGAGUGUCAGUGGCAGAAGGCCUCCCACACUUUUACAGGUUACGGCCCUGGAGUUACCAUCGUUGGCUUCACAUCUAAAGGAAAAGAUGACAAGUUUUGGGGUGGUCAUUUUGGUACCAUAAUGUCUGGGGCAGAAGUUAGGGUGAAGCGGCAGACCAAGGGUGCCAAAGGUGAUGGCUACGAGGACAUUGAAACGGGUAUGGAUGAUGGUGUGGACAAGAUGAUCUCCCAGAUAAUCCGGGAUGAACAGGGACUCAUAGACUCUUUCUUCAUGCAGAUGGACUUACCUCAAGAUGAGGAAUUUGAGCGUCAGACCCAGGUGCCUGUGGACAUGGCAAACUUAAAGUCGAACCUGAAAAAGCGCAGAAAGAAGCGUAAGAAGCGUGAAAUCCGGGUGUUUGUCUCCAGCACUUUCCGAGAUUUCACCAAAGAGAGGGAGGAGAUUAUCAAGAAAGCAUUUAGAGAGGUGAACAAGCUGUGUUCCGAGCGUGGUGUUUUCUUCACCUAUGUGGACUUGAGGUGGGGAAUAACGUCGGAGCAGACCAAAGACGGCAAAACAAUUGCCAUCUGUCUCCAGGAGAUAGACAGAUGUAGGCCAUAUUUCAUCUGUAUGAUGGGUGACAGGUUUGGCUGGUGUCAACAGGAGGCAAAAGUUGACGAUGUUCUAAACAUGACCUUCAACUAUGCCAUUGAAAACCACCCAAACCUCCAGUGGAUUGAGCAGUACCGAUACAACAGCAGUGUCACUCAGUUGGAGGUGUGUCAUGGAGUGUUGAACAGUGAUCAGAAAGACCGAGCUUUCUUCUACAUGAGGCAGCCUGUGACACCUGAAAGUGUGUCCGAGUCUGAAUACCAGCGUUAUGCGUCCGAGUCUGAAUGGCACCAUGAGAAACAGGACCAGUUGAAGUCACGAGUGAGGGAGCUCAAGGACGAGGUUAUUAUACGGGACUUCAAGGUCGCAACAGAGGUCGCCGAUAUGAUCAAGAAGGACUUGGAGGAUAGUAUAGAGGAGGACUUCCCGAAGGGGACAGAACUCACAAAGCUUGAACAGCAGCGCGAGGCACACCAGGCAUUUGCAGCUGCCCGGACUCGCGUGUACAUUGGGCGCAGGGAAUACUUUGACAAUAUACAUGAGGCCAGGGCCAAGGGAAUCACCAAACCAUUCGUGCUUAUGGGGGAGUCAGGUAGUGGUAAGUCAGCGCUAGUAGUCAACUGGGUGAGAGAAGUUGAAGAAACUGAGCCAGACACGUUUAUGUUUGUACACUUCAUCGGCUGCUCUGCAGACAGUGCGGACUACUCCCAGAUGCUCAGGAGGUUGUAUGAAGAAAUAAAGACAAGUUUCAGUUUUGACAUGGACAUCCCUUCGUCCGACAAUGAACUGAUUAACUCGUUACCGAAGUGGUUACGCUUGGCUAGUCAGCUAACUAGGGUCAUUCUCGUAUUUGAUGCCCUCAACCAGAUGGAUGACGGGUCGGGACAAGAUGGCACAGAGCAUGACCUGAUGUGGGUCCCUACUGACCUGCCGCCCAAUGUCUUCAUUUUGCUUUCCACACUCCCGGGCAAGGCAAUGACUGCAUGUGAAGGAUUUGGCUGGCCUAGCUUGCGAGUGCAGUCCCUGGAUGUGUCACAGAAGGAGCAAAUAAUCACUGACUACCUGGAGGGCAUCUACGGGAAAACUCUCAACCAGGACCAGAAAAACAUGAUUGUUCAGUCAGAACAGACCAGCAACGCCCUCUAUCUCAAGUCUCUAUUGGAUGAGGUUCGCAUGUAUGGAUCCUUCCGCACACUGACAGACAAGAUUCAGGACUACCUGAUGGCCAGUAACCCUGGAGACCUGUUUGCCAAGAUACUCUCCAGGCUGGAGGGAGACUUUGAAAAUGGGGAAGAUGAUAGGAAGGAGCUUGUUCGUGACUCGACCUCGGCUAUCUGGUGUUCACACAGGGGCAUGUCAGAACCUGAGCUGGUCGAACUGCUUGAUAUAAAGAGUGCUCUUUGGUCACCCUUCUACCUGUCGCUGUAUGAGAACCUGAUCAAUAGGGAUGGCAUCGUCAACUUCUGUCAUGACCAUCUGCGCCAGGCCGUGGAGAAAAAGUACCUACAGUCUCCUGAGGAUAAGAGAAAUGCCCAUCUUAAACUGAUUGACUUCUUUGAUAAACAAGACAUAAACAGUAGAACAGUUGAGGAGAUGCCCUUCUUGUUGACCAAGGCUGGGGAAAAGGAUCGGCUCCUUGUGUACAUCAGCAACCUCCAGGUGUUCAAUAUACUCUCACAGAGUGAGGAGGGCACCUUCGAACUCAUCAAGGCGUGGAGAUAUCUGGGAGAUUUGUCGAAGGCUGAGACAGCUUACCUCGAGAAACUGGCUGAUAUUCCCAUGACUCACAUCUAUCAGGAAUUUGAUUACUACAGUUCCCUCUAUGGGCGUUUGGGCCAUUUCUUCCUGCAAGUUGGUCUGGUGGAGGCAGCGCGUAAUGUUUACACAACCCUUGUUGAGCAGCUGGAGCAUCAAUACGGGGCAUCACAUGGCACCAUCGUGUACAGCGCUAACACACAGUUAUACACAUACAGGUGUAAACAUCCAGAUGUUAUUAAGAGCCUGAUAAAGCUGGGUGAAGUGUACUACAAGAUUGGGGCCCUCGAUGAUGCCAUAGAGGUGUACACUGAUGCCAUAAACCGGCAAAACCGCAUAGAGACACCUGCACACAAACUACAGCUAUGUGAGGGACUUCUUGGCUUGGCCACAGUUUAUGUUGGCAAAGAGAACAUGGCUGAGGCAAAGAAACUGCUCUCACGAUCACUGGAACUCUCCACCAAAAUACUCGGCAAGAAGCACCACUUUGUGGCAUCAACUUUCACAAGGUUGGGCCAGCUAUCAUACCGCCAGGGGCGUAUAGAGGAGGCUCUUGCGUACUUCCUCCAGGAUUUGAAGGUGACACGUAGCGAGGUUGGCACAUUCCAUCCAAGAACGGCCAUCGUGCUAAAUGAGAUUGCACUUGUGUUUGACGACAGGAAUGAUGAGCUGGCGGUGAAACUGUACGAAGCUGCACUCAAGAUCUUCCUGGAGACUUAUGGCGAUAAAUACAUCGGCACUGGAAUCAUCAGGUACAACCUUGGAGCAUUCUACUUUGCUCAAAACUACUUUUCAAGGGCGCAUUACCAGUUUGAGAAAUCAUACGCCAUACUAAACAGCUUUCUGAGUGAGGACCAUCCUGACACCAAGGCUGCCAAAGAAGCUUUGGAAACUGUCAAAAAUAUUUAGCUCUCUGCAUUGUUAGAUUUGUGUAACGAUUCAUCAAAGAAAACAUAUGAUUAUUUAUGAUUUUGUCUUUGGACUUACUGCUUACUGUUUGGUUUUGUCUGUGUUAGAAACAUGUGGUCAGUGCCUUUAGGUUUGUAAAUACUUUGCUUAAGCCUUACAUGUACUGUGGCAAAGCUACACACAUUUUUAUACCACAUAAACUCAUAUAAAAUUGUGUGUAGCUCUGCCUUAUACAAACCAGCUGUUACAUUUAUAUAUUUUUUUUUAUAAUGAAGUCAUAUAGCAUCAUUUACAGUAUACUAGAACUGUUCAUUAAGAUUUUUUGAGCUAUGUUUUUUUUUCAAAGUGACUUGUUUGAACGAAAUGAUUUUUAAAAUACUCAAAUAUAUUCAAAAUACUCUAAUUUAUAGUUAAAUAUUUCUUAAGUUUAAUUGUUUUGUAGUUUAUUUUUGUUAUUAAGUUAAUUAUAGUCUUUAGAAUUAUUGCUGAUUUCUACAUUAUGAAAAUGUAACUCUUCCAUUUUGCAAAAGUUCUAUACUGCAUGAGUACUGAAAAUUAAUCAUCACAUUAAUUUUAGUUCUAGCCAGUUUUUAAUUGGGAAUUCCAAUUUUGCCUAGAAACGAACAAGAAUGCUUUAGAAAAAAUAAAAAGAAUAUUAACAUACAAUCAUAUUAACAUACAAUCAUAUUUAGUAAUAACUGCUGUCUACAUUUUCUCAGUAUUACCCAACUAAAGACUU